AGCAAUAUCGUACGAUAAAAAGAGCGCGAAAGUAUAAUCAGUGUCAUUCAUAAAAAAUAUUAAUUAAUUAAAGACGUUCCGCGGACAAGUAGAGAUUGUUUUAAGAUAUUUGUUAUAAAAUUAAAUAAAUUGAGCAAUGGCAGCAAACAAAAGGGCUCUUCGACUAGUAAAAGCUAUGGAUUAUUUAUCGACAAAGUCGAGCUUAAUUGCUUUUGAAAACAAUUCUUUGAUUCUCAAUAAGGUAAAGUUGGAGGCGUCUUCCAAUGGGGCAUUAAAAGCCUCGUUUGUCGUUGACAAGCCUAAAUGUAAUAUUGGUGGGAUACUGCAUGGAGGUUACAUAGCAGCUAUGGUUGACUUUAUGUCGUAUGCUGCGGUUUUGAUGACUCCUAACGGAAGGUUGUCGUAUACUACAAACAUGAAUAUCAAUUACGUAAAAUCAGUAUGGAUUGGAGAGAAAGUAUUAGUUGAAACAAAAUCGCUGAAGAGUGGCAAAUCGCCAUUAAUAGAAACAUACUUUCACGGUGAAGACGGAACUCUUCUAGCGAAGGGCACUACUGCGUUUUUGGCUGCCGAGGAAAAAUACCAAAACAUUCCAAAAGAAACUAUAAAUUUUGAUGUGUAUGAAGAUUAAAAUUCUUUGUAGUUUAUUUAUUUAUUACAUACAUAUAAGAUA